AAUAAUAACAAUAAUAAUAAUAACGCUUUCAAUUCACAUCCACACACAUUCAUUUGCGGUACUAUCUGUUUGUUAAUCUGUAUUUAAACAAGCAACUUCCUGUCCCGGUGAUUUUACACCGAAAUAAACAAAGUCCACUUUCUGGAGCAGAAAAAAAGAAAAAGAUUUCACUUCCGGGCCGGAAUCGACACCUCUCUUGAGUGGUAUUAUUUUUCUCUCCCCAGGUUCGUGAAUCAUAUGAACACAAAGUUUGCUUAUUAUCCACGACGACAUGGUGUUUAAAGCGACUGUCAACGGGGCCCGGAGGGCCACGAGGACGCUGUGGCUGCUCGUGCUCGUGAGCCUGUCGGUGAGCAUCUGUGUUUGCCGAGCAUCUUCGUCUCCGGAAGAGGACAGUGCCAUGGAGAACAUCAUUACGGACAAACGGGUCGAGGAGAGCCACAGGCAGGACAGCGCGGACCUGCUCAUCUUCAUCAUGCUCCUCACCCUCACCAUCCUGACCAUCUGGCUGUUCAAACACCGGCGGUUCAGGUUUCUGCACGAAACUGGACUGGCGAUGAUUUACGGCGUACUUGUCGGCGUGGUCCUGCGUUACGGCAUCCACGUUCCCCGGGACAUUAGCAACGUCACGAUGAGCUGCCACGUUAACGCCAGCCCCGCCACUCUGCUGGUCAACGUCAGUGGUAAAUUCUACGAGUACACUCUGAAAGGAGAGAUCGGUGCCAGCGAGUUGAACAAUCUACAAGAUAAUGAGAUGCUGCGGAAGGUGACCUUUGACCCUGAAGUGUUCUUCAAUAUUCUCCUGCCACCUAUCAUCUUCCACGCUGGCUACAGUUUGAAAAGGAGACACUUUUUCCGUAACAUGGGAUCCAUCCUGGCUUAUGCCUUCCUGGGGACAGUUGUUUCCUGUUUUGUUAUUGGGCUGCUGAUGUACGGCUGCGUGUUGCUGAUGAAGCAGGUGGGACAGCUGGGAGGAGACUUCUUCUUCACUGAUUGUCUGUUCUUUGGAGCCAUCAUCUCGGCCACUGACCCGGUGACGGUGCUGGCGAUCUUCAACGAGCUGCAUGUCGACGUGGACCUGUACGCGUUGCUGUUUGGAGAGAGUGUGCUCAACGACGCAGUCGCCUUGAUUCUGUCCUCGUCUAUAGUAGCUUACCAGCCACAAGGGGACAACACGUUUGAGUUUGUGGCGUUGUUGAAGUGUUUUGGGAUGUUCCUCGGAAUUUUCAGCGGCUCCUUUGCUCUGGGAGUGGCCACCGGGGUCGUCACUGCUCUCGUGACCAAGUUCACCAAGCUGAGGGAUUUCCAGCUGUUGGAGACGGCUCUGUUCUUCCUCAUGUCAUGGAGCACAUUCCUGCUGGCUGAAGCCUGUGGCUUCACAGGUGUGGUCGCUGUGCUGUUCUGUGGCAUCACUCAGGCGCAUUACACCUUCAACAACCUGUCUCCGGAUUCCCAGGACAGGACCAAACAGCUGUUUGAGCUGCUAAAUUUCCUGGCAGAGAACUUCAUUUUCUCCUACAUGGGUCUGACGCUGUUUACCUUCCAGAGCCAUAUCUUCAAUCCCAUGUUCAUCGUUGGAGCUUUUCUGGCGGUAUUCCUGGGAAGAGUCGUGAAUAUCUACCCUCUCUCGUUCCUGCUGAAUUUUGGACGACGCAACAAGAUCGGAUCCAACUUCCAGCACAUGAUGAUGUUUGCUGGACUGCGAGGCGCUAUGACCUUUGCCCUGGCCAUCAGGGACACGGCGACAUACGCCCGUCAGAUGAUGUUUACCACCACUCUGCUCGUGGUCUUCUUUACGGUUUGGGUUUGUGGAGGUGGCACCACCCAGAUGUUGUCCUGCCAGCGUAUUCGAGUGGGAGUGGACUCUGAUCAAGAUAUCUCGACCCCUAUGAGUAUCACUGAAGGCCCCGAGAGAAAAACCACCAAACAAGAAAGUGCCUGGCUUUUCAGAAUUUGGUACAACUUUGACCACAACUACAUGAAGCCCAUCCUGACUCACAGCGGCCCCCCUCUCACAGCCACGAUGCCCCCCUGCUGCGCCCCCCUCGCCCGCUUCCUCACCAGCUCCCAGGCCUUUGAGAAUGAGUGCCAGUUGAAGGACGACGACUCUGACCUCAUCCUGACCGACAGCGAUAUCAACCUGGCCUACGGCGAUAUCACAGUCAGUACAGAUGCAUCAGGUUCCCGCACGAGCGGCGGUCCGGCCUUCGCUGGCGGCGCCACCUCCGAUGACUUGGACAGAGAGUUGACGUCUGGAGAUAACGAGCUGGUGAUGAGGGGCACGCGCCUGGUGCUGCCCAUGGAUGACUCUGACCCGCCCUUUACGGACCCCCACCACCGCUUGCGGAUGUGAAGAUAGUCUUUAAACGCAGACCUGGAAAAAACGUCCGACUCCGAUUGACCCAAGCCGUUGGGCGAGCGACCAGUACCUGACACUCCCGCUUGCAUUCCUCCACUUUUUCCCCUUUUGCUCCCCACACAUUUCUUCACAGUUGCAUUUUCUCACUUGCUCUCGUGGCAAAUCUCUGUCUCUACCUCAUUCUCAUUCAGCUCGUCUCCACACCUCUCUGGCAUCUGCCAUAAUUGUAAUAUAGUCUUUACUUAUUUGCAGGGUUUUGGGGUAUUCAAUUGAAAAUUGUCUCCGCUUGGUUUAGCUUGAAGCUCCUUCAGUUCCUGUAGCAUUGCACAGAGGUCUAGCAGCAUGUGAUCGUGUGUCAAUGCAAGUACCAACUACUAGCUAAUUUGAUGUACAGUAUAUCUCUAUAACUUUGAUAUGCAUGCUGAGGAUGCUUUCUGUUUUCUUCUUCUGGGAGAUUGAGGGCUUUCGUGUUUUGGGUCUGAACUUGAAUGUUGCUGCCUUCUCUCUGUGCACCAGAGGCAUGCUGGUGGACAACUUUACUGUACAUGUUGUUACAAUCAAGUGCCUGGGAAUUGUAGUUUUAAGCCUGGCAACCCAUACUGGAUCAGCUCUUGGAUGCCAGUUUAGGAUGGGCUGAAGUUUUCCUUUGUAGAAAAGAAGAAGAAGAAAGAAAAAUACAAAAAACUAAACAGACAAAUGUGUCCAAAAGGUAGCAAUAUACUCCGUGGGUGUUUGGGCUGUCAGUUUGUGCUAUUUGCCUGUAAAUAUUGUGUCGCAACGUCAUGUCAAGUUGUGGAUCUCUCCCAAUGACCUUUGACUGUGACCUAGAGAGGGACAUUACACCUUAUUAUAGACGCUGAUGUCACCGCAAACGAGAUCCAAAGGAGUUGUAACAGAAAGAUUGGUGCCAAAUUUUGUGAAAUUUUGUGAAAACUGAAUGCAGACGACCUUGAAGUGUUUUGUAUUAUUUUUGCUUUGAGUACUUUGAGCUGAGUCACACAUUUAGCUUUGAGCAGACAUUUUCUAUGACAAUCGUGCAUUAAUGUCGAGACUUCUCAUUAAAUGAACCCGAAAAACACUUCGACACACGAAGAAGUCACUAAAGGAACCUGUUAUUGGUAAGAACACUCAUGAUUAUGUGAGUGCAAAUUUGGCAAACCAUAUAUAUAUUUAUUUAUUUAUAUAUAUAUGUGUGCGUGUGUAUAUAUAUAUAUGAUCGUAUUAGGGCUGCAACCAAUCAUUCUAUCAUCAAUAAUCUGCCUGCUAUUUUCUGUGUAAUCAAUUAAUUCAUUUAAAUAUCUUGUUUUUCUGAUCAAUAGUUGGAAACCCAAAGAUAUUCACUUUCUAAUCAUGGAAGACUCAACAAAAAGACAAAUGUUUACAUUCAAGAAGCUGGACACGGUGGAUGUAAAGAGUGAUUUAUUAAAAAUAACUUUGAAGCUCCAUAAUGUAUCGGUGAAUAAGACGAGAUUAUUCCAAUGAUAUUUACUGUCCUGUGGCAUUUCAUCAUUAUGGCUCGUGCCAGAGUCGAACUAGAAAGCUUGUAGACGUGCUGGACCUUGUUGUCCGCUGUACCCAGGAGCAUCCUUCAGGGUGAAUGCUCCGCUGGUUCAACUGGGGUUUAAUAUAUCCUCAAUAAUUGGAUGCAUUGUGUUGAACUCGUGGUCUUAUGUCAGUGUGAGCUCCUUUUGAGUUCUGCAGCUGUUGACGCAGGUUUAACAGGAAGCGGCGUCGCCGUGGCAACGCCGUGUUUGUGUGCACAGAAGCCCGAAAAAACACUUUGAACACGGCGGACACGUUGAACAACAGUUGUGUGAUUCAUCGUCUCGGUGAGCCGAAGAAACAACUGUAGGCUGCAUGCAGAGCGGAUGAUGAUGAUAGAGUGAAAGAGAGAAAUGGAGGACUGAGUGUGUGUGUGGGGGGGGGGGGGGCGGAUACAGAGCUGGAAGGAAGAGCAGACUUGGAUAUCUCUUUUCUUUCCACAGUUAUCUUCUGCUGUGCAGGAACUUGUUAUUGAACAUGUUUUAGUCGGGCUUACAUCGGACACCACAGCGUCCAGGAAAUGAUUUAUUCUUUCAACCAUUUAUACUUUUCCUUUGUUCCAAAUUAAGAAUUGUUUGUUUUAUCUAACGGCUGCUUUUAAUAUUAUUUACGUUUUAUGUUUUUGAAGGUCGUGGAGAGAAAAAAAGGAGCAAACUCUUGUCAGUUAAAUAAAACGUGAAUGAAGUUG